GGCCAAUCAGCGAGCGCCUGCGCCCCCAUCCCGUGGAGUGGCCGGCGACAAGAUGGCAGCAGCGUGUCGGAGCGUGAAGGGCCUGGUGGCGGUAAUAACCGGAGGAGCCUCGGGCCUGGGCCUGGUCACGGCGGAGCGACUGGUGGGACAGGGAGCCUCCGCUGUGCUUCUGGACCUGCCCAACUCGGGUGGGGAGGCCCAGGCCAAGAAGUUAGGAAACAACUGCGUUUUCGCCCCAGCCGACGUAAGUGGGGUCACCUCUCCUCUCCCAGGGUGUGCGUGAGGUCACCAAUACCAGCCUGGGAACCUGUGGGGGUCCCUCCCAUAAGGGUCUCCUCUAUGGGGGCGGUGGACCCAUCUCCUUGUCUCUUUUGACCUGAGCCUUCAAGCACUGUGAGACCACCUGUGAUAAGGAUUCUCUAAAGCUGGGAUUCACAACAAUGGGGAUGGGGAUUGGACAUAACAAUCUCCUGGAGGAGUUAUGUAUGGUUUGAAAAUGCAUAUUGUGCCUUGUAAUUUUAUAUUUACAAAGUCAAAAAACUUGUUUUCAUGAAACAAACUACAGAAAGUAAAACUUGAUGACAUCAUCUUAGCAGGUAAG